UACAUCUACUUGAUUUUUUUUUGUAUUCCAUAACUUUCUAGCUAUGAAAGAAAGUUUAUAUUUUGUUGAGUUUUUAACCUCUACGUUUAUUAAAAGAGUGAAGAAAGUGAUAUUAUAAACUUAUGUCCUUUGAAAAUAUGACCCUGGCCUCUGACAAUAAAGAGCAGCUGACGCAAAAAGAUUUUCAACCAUUUCAGAAAACUAAAAAAAACGUUGAAGAAGAAGGUUUACGUCAAGCAAGUAGCUAUCCUUGCUCAAAAAAUAGGGAUCUGGAAAGUCGUAAAUUUGGUCCACAAUCCAAAGUGCACUCCUCAGUUUUAGAAGCUUUUCAGUUAACUCAUCCCCACUACAAGUUGCUAAAAAUAGAUAAUUUUAGCAACUCAAACUUUGAUUUCUUUAGUUAUAAACAGAAUAAGAAACGUUUAUCUGCUGGAGACAAUAAUAAAGACUUAAAAUCUGACAAAGAAGGCGAAAGUAGAGCUUUAAAAAACGAUUUAAGUGUGGAUAUUAAAGGUGUGAGGGAAGACAGUAAGAGCACAGUUGUCAAUUGUUCUAUUAACAAAGGGAAAGCGCGUAGGACAGCUAUUUCCUAUACCUUCAAAGAUGCAAGUUUUCAAGUAAAAAACAAGUUAAUUCUUUCUUGUUGCCAUGGGGUUUUACAUUCAGGGCAACUUGUUGCCAUAAUGGGGCCUUCGGGUUGCGGAAAGUCAACGUUGCUCUCUAUGUUAGCGGGAAAAAAGCACCGUAAAUAUGCAGGAAGUUUUUACUUGAAUAACCAUGCAAAGGAUGAUAAAAUUCUGCGCAGUAUUUCAAGUUUUGUCCCUCAGAAUGAGUGCCUUCGUUCAAAGUUAACAGUGAGGGAAACUCUUUUUUUCUACACAGUUCUAAAAACAAGGCUUGUCGGUCAUGAAGCCCACGACCGAGUUAUUUGGCUUUUAAAGAAUUUACAUUUAGACACGUGCGCCGACUCAUUUGUCGGAAACGAACAGUCCCGAGGCAUUUCAGGCGGACAAAAGAAGCGCUUGGCCAUCGGAAUAGCUCUUAUCGCUCAACCACAAAUCAUCUUUUUAGACGAGCCGACGAGUGGCUUGUCUAGUACGGACUCUCUAAUACUAGUGGAGUGCUUGCGGAAAAUUGCCGAUGAUACUGGUGGAGCUUUGGUUGUAUCGGUAAUACACCAGCCACGGUUCGGCGUUUUUGCUAAGUUUGACGAGCUGAUCCUCUUGACCUCCACCGGCCAUCAGGUGUAUAGCGGGCCUACGCGUGAGGCUCUUACCUACUUUUCCGGCUUGGGCUUUAGCUUGCCUCCCAACGAAAACUUUGCUGACUUUGUUCUUGAUUUGGUCACCAGGGAUUGUUUUCCCGAAGAUAAAAUUAACUACCUUAUAGAGCGUUAUAAAAGUGAUCUGGCAGGCAGUGUCGAGUCAGAAAUUAUUCGGUGCAGAAAUUCAUCUUUAGAAACAUGGUUUGCCCGAGAAAAGAAGAAUUCAUUAAGGAAAAGCACUUUUGUCCGCGGUUAUUGCUUUCAGCUGCGGGUGCUUCUUUGGGUUCACUGGCUGCUGCACUUCAGGGAGUGGCGGACAAGCCUUCGUAGGCUCGUCACCUACGUGAUUGCCAGCGCAUCUGCAGGCUUGAUCUUUAUAAACGGGACCUAUUUUAUCGCUGGUCAGGCUCUACGUUAUAUUGCCUCAAUAUUUACUGCUUUGCUCCUAAUAAUGAUCUUGACCCUUGACCGUCUUCCAAAGCUAAUCGAAGAUAGAGCCAUUUACAAGUUGGAUAGGAGCGAUAACAUUUACAGUACAGCCCCUUUUUUAAUUGCCAUGCCCCUCCCAUUUAUUGUGGAAACUAUUAUCUUGGUGAUGCUCUUUGGGGCUGUUAACUGUUCCAUGGUUUAUUACAGCGCCAAAGCUUCUGUCUGGCUUUUUAUUCUCUGUCAAAUGGUAUUUCUGUUUUUGUGCACUGACAGCUUUAUGCUGUUUUUGAGUGCCGCGUGUGACACCGCGGCCACUGCUAACGGCUUGACUGUGGCGGUCAUCGCAGUUUUUGUUCUCUUUGGCGGCUUCUUGGUGAACACAGGGACGUCUCCCAUCUGGCUUUCUUGGCUAAACUACUUGAGCUUUUACUAUUAUUCCUGGCAGGCCUGCAUUGCAAUGAUCUUCGCCACUUCUCAAUUUUUCCGGCUCAGAAAACGAGUUUUUUAAGAGUCCUCAGUCAGUCUUUAAA